AUGGUUCUCCUUUUCAUCGGCUCUUGCAUAGCAAGAAUCCCCGAUGCGACAAUCAAUCGCUUCAAGAGCGCAAAUCCCACAGCCUCGACAUUGAAAAUCCAAAGGGACGAGAGGAAAAUCGUGGCCAAGUGUGGCGAGUUUCGACUCGUCAAGGGGCUCCUCUGA